AUGGAUGUCUCCGCCAGUGCAUUUAACUGCCCGAGUUGGACUUAUCAAAGAUUUCGUUGGAAAGUUUCAGUGCUUCUCAUGGAACAAGUAAACGAGUAUCACCGAAAUCAUAUUUGUCGAUCCAUUGUUCUUUCUACCCUUGCUGUGGUUCUUCUUCAUCCUCGUGGAAUGAUGGUUCCAUUGCUUUGCCUUGGCCUCUCCACUCCAUUCCUCUGUGCUCUGGUCUGCUGCCGCCCGCUGCCCUACCCUAUCUUUGUUACUCGGCUCUCCCUUUGGUGGCAUUCACCAGCUCCGCCUCCGUCUCCUCGGCCUACAAUGUUGCACUCCAAAUCCAAAUCCAGCUCCUCGGAGGCUUCGAAUGGCAAGGCUACACCACCGACCCCCAAGGUUACCAAAACAACUAGAAAUGGUUCUUCCAAGUCGGACUCUGGAUCGCCAUCUCCCAUGGCGAAGUCAUCCUCUCCCCUGCCAAAGUCAUCCUCGCCGGUGCCAAAGCUGCGUUCUUCGAUUGAGCGAUCACCAAAAUCAGCAGAGUCGAAGCCACCGACACCGCCUAUCAAAAGCAGUACAAUUCCUGAAAAGCAAAAAAGGGCAUCGAAAGAUUCAGAGCUGCAGUUGAAGUUGGUAGUUGUUGAGGAAGACUUGAGGACAGCAAGGGAGCAGUUGGCUUUUAAGGAGAAGGAGAAGAUUGAUGCCAUUAAAGAGCUGGAAGAAACUAAGAGAUUGGCUGAUGAGGUAAAUGAGAAGCUCCAAGAGGCAAUUGCUGCUAAGAACAAGGUUGAUGAGAGCUUGGAGAUUGAGAAAUUCCGUGCUGAUGAACUGGAGCAAGCAGCCAUUGCAGCUUCACAAAAAAGGGAGAGUGAGUUUCAAAGUGAACUCGAAAGCAUUCAAAAGCGACAUACGAUGGAUGCCUCGGCGCUGCUUCGUGUGACUCAAGAACUCCAGAAGCUGAAGCUUGAACUUGAGAAUGCCAUUGGUGAGAAGAAGUCUGCCUUGAGCGAAGCGAAUAACGCAAAGAAAACUGCUGAAAUGAAUGGAGAGAAGAUGGAGGUGCUGGCGAGAGAAGUGAGCCAUUUAAAGUCCUUGCUCGAUUCCAAGCUGGAUGAUGUGAACAAAGAAGCUGCAGAGAUGAUUAAGAAGUUGAAUGCUGAAAUUGGUGUUUUGCAACUUGAACUUGAAAGAGCGAAGUCAGCUGAAGAGAGAUUACGGGAGAUGGAAGCAUUGGUUGAACGACUUAAAUUGGAGUUGACUGAUGCAAAAAAGACUGAAUCAGAUACAUUUAAGCAAGUUGAUGAGUUGGCAAAGGAGGUAGCAUAUUUAAAAAAUAGGCUAAAUGAAUCCUAUCAGUCUGAGAAAUAUGCAAUUGAAUCUCUUGCGAUCACAAAGAAAAAAAUGGAAGAGGGCACAGCAUUGUUGCAAGAUGCUGAAACUGAAAUUGCUGUUCUUAAAGGGAAGAUGGAAUCUAUGGAGAUUGAGGUGGCAAGCUACAAAAUGGAUCUCAAAGAAUCAGAUAAGAAGCUUGGUUUAUCACAGCAAGAAAUAAUAACCUUGGGGAAGACAGUUGAGCUAUUAAAAACUGAGCUUGCAAAAGUGGAAGAACAGAGGUCCCAAGCACUUGACAAUUACAAUGUUUCUGCUUCAGAAAUUGAGAGACUGUUGGUGGAGAGGAGUAAACUCACUGACGAGCUUAAUGCCAGCAAAGAUGAAGGAGAAAACAUCAAAAAAGCAAUGGAAGGUUUAGCUGCAGCAUUGCAUGAAAUGUCUACUGAAUCCAGAGAAAAUCAAGAAAAGCUUUUGUCACAGCAAUCUGAAAUCGAAGAUUAUAAGUUUCAGACUGAGCAAUUAAAUUCAGAAAUCAAAAACACUGAAGAAAGGUACGAAGUCAUGCUUGAUGAAGCAAGAUAUGAAAUUGUGUGCCUCAAGAAAAAUGUUGAAAGAUUUGAAACUGAAAAUAGCAAUUUCAGCACUGAGUGGGGAACAAAGGAACUUAAUUUUAUUAAUGCUAUCAAGAAAUCAGAAGAUGAAAUUGCUUCGCUCAAGGUCGGGAUGGAAAAAGUGGUUGAUUUACUCAAAUUAUCAGAGCAAGAAGCUCAAGCAGCAAAGGCAGAUGGGGUGGAGUUGUUAAACAAACUGGCACAAGCUGAAUCUGCUGCUACUACAGCCUACAAAAUGGUAGAAGAAGUAAAGGCUGAUACUUUACGAUACAAGGAAAUGUUGUUGGACAAGGAGAAUGAGCUGCAAAGCAUCACUCAAGAAAAUGAUGAUUUACGGGUCAGGGAAAUAGCUGCCCUUCAGAAAAUCCAAGAAUUAUCUUCAUUACUUGAGGAAACCAAAUCCAAUAGAACUGAUGAAUCAGAUAAGCUACCAAAGAAUGAGAAGGAAUACAGCCUACUGUCAAACACUUCUCAAGAAGAAAGACCAAAUUCAGAGGCAGCUUUAUGGAAGCAUGAAAAUGGCCACGAGGAAGAUAAAAAAUCAAAAGAGGAGAAUGAGAAGGUAAACCAAAAUGACGAAGAAGAUCCAACAGAUACAAUGCCCAGGGACUUAUCAUCAGAAAAGGACCAUGAGGAUGUCUCGGUUGAUGAUGAUUUAGACUUAAAGAUGGAUGGUUUAAGCUACGAACUAAAGGCUGAGAACCCAGAUAAUGGAGCAACCUCACCAACCAAAAACCAGCAGCAAAAGAAAAAGAAAGCUUUGCUGAACAAGUUUGGGAAGCUGCUGAAAAAGAGUAGCCACAAAAAGCCAUAAAUGAGAUGGGAGCUAGAUAGUAGGUACAUCGAAUUCUAUUUCAUUUCUAGGUACUGUUUUUAGGUGCUUCAAUAUAGGUUGAAAUCUGUAUUACGUCGUUAUCUAAAUUGAUCCUGCAAUUGCUGAAAUGUAUCGGUUGUGUGCUCAUUUCAUUUCAACAUUUUCUCCUUUACUCGGAGGAAGUAUGCAUGAUACCUCUUUUACAUACAUCAAAGGAACUCGCUGCAACUAUUUUAUUGUUUGUGA